AUGGCAGCGACCCCUUCAAGCGACGCUCCCGCGGAGACUGCGCCUGUGGUGGAUCUGGAGAAGCUCAAGAUUGCUGAGGAUGCAGCCGGCGCUCAAGUUGCUCCGCAUAGGUCGCAUGACCCGGCAAACAACUUGAAGCGAAGCGAUCCGUUUCAGUUUGGCAGCCGCUAUCUGACAGAGGAAGACAACGUUUACGAGUUCAACGCCUGGGAUCAUGUGGAGACUGACGAUGCAUACAAGGAGUACACUGAGCAGCAGCUUGAGAAGCAGCGCCAGGCCCCUGUUUCUGACUUUGACAAGAGCAGAUUCAAUGGUAAUCCUGAGAAGUGGUGGAAUCUCUUUUACAAAAACAACACUGCCAACUUUUUCAAGAACCGAAAAUGGCUCCAGCAGGAGUUUCCCAUCUUGGAGACGGUAACGAAAGAAGAUGCCGGCGCCAAGGUUAUUCUGGAAAUUGGCGCGGGCGCCGGUAAUACGGCGUUUCCCAUCCUUGCCAACAACAAGAACCCCCAACUUAAGAUUCAUGCUUGUGACUUCUCCAAGACAGCCGUAGAAGUCAUGCGCAAACAUGAAGAGUACAGUUCAGAGCAAAUCCAAGCCGAUGUCUGGGACGCUGCAGGCCAAGAGCUGCCGCCAGACCUUGAAGAGGGAUCCGUAGAUGUGGCCAUUUUGAUCUUCAUCUUCUCGGCACUGUCGCCGAGGGAGUGGUCCCGCGCGGUGCACAACGUCCAUAGGCUGCUGAAGCCCGGCGGCGCCGUCCUCUUCCGUGACUACGGAAGAGGCGACCUGGCACAGGUGCGCUUCCGCAAGGGCCGCUACCUGGAAGAGAAUUUUUACAUUCGUGGCGACGGCACGCGCGUGUACUUUUUUGAUCGCGAUGAGCUCGGCGACAUUUGGUCGGGCAAGAAGGCCGAGGCAGAUGGUGAUGGUGAUGCUCCCAAGUUCUCCAUCGACCACCUCGGCAUCGAUCGUCGGUUGCUGGUCAACCGGGCGGAACAAAAGAAAAUGUAUAGAUGCUGGCUGCAAGGACGAUUUACAAAACAAUGA